UGGAGAGUGCAGCUGGGGCGUGAUCAUACUGGUGUUUAUCAAUUGUGAAAGCAGAAGGCAAAAAUCAGAACCUGCUUAGAGAAAUGGCAAUGGAUCCCCAAAACCAGAAGAAAGUGAAACUUAAUGAUGGCCGCUUCAUGCCUGUUCUGGGGUUUGGCACUUUGGCAUCUCCAGAGGUUCCUAAGAGUGAAGCUCUGGAGGUCACCAAAUUUGCUAUAGAGGUUGGAUUUCGCCAUAUUGACUGUGCUCAUUUGUACCAAAAUGAAGAGCAGGUUGGCCAAGCCAUUAGAAGCAAGAUUGAAGAUGGCACUGUGAAGAGAGAAGACAUAUUCUACACUUCAAAGGUUUGGUCCACUUUCCUUCGACCAGAGUUGGUCCAACCAGCCUUGGAAAAGUCACUGAAAGAUCUUCAACUGGAAUAUGUUGAUCUCUAUAUUAUUCAUCAGCCAGUGGCUCUGGUGCCAGGUGAGGCACUUUUCCCAACAGAUGAAAAUGGAAAAAUGAUAUAUGACUCAGUGGAUCUCUGUCGCACAUGGGAGGCCCUGGAGAAGUGUAAGGACAAAGGGCUGACCAAGUCCAUCGGGGUGUCCAACUUCAACCACAAGCAGCUGGAGAAGAUCCUGAACAAGCCGGGGCUCAAGUACAAGCCUGUCUGCAACCAGGUGGAAUGUCACCCUUAUCUCAAUCAGAGCAAGCUGCUGGAGUUCUGCAAGUCACAUGAUAUUGUCCUUGUUGCCUAUGGUGCUCUUGGAUCCCAACGAUCAUUACAAUGGUUGGAUCCAAACCUCCCCUUUCUCUUGGAGGACCCGGUUCUCUCUGCCAUUGCCCAAAAGCACAAGCAAACUCCAGCUCUCGUUGCCCUUCGCUAUCAGAUGCAACGUGGGGUUGUGGUUCUGGCCAAGAGUUACAACAAGAAGCGGAUCAAAGAGAACAUGCAGGUGUUUGACUUUGAACUGACUCCAGAAGACAUGGAAACAAUUGAUGGCAUCAACAGAAACAUAAGAUAUUAUGAAUAUCUAAUGUGGGUUGAUCACCCUGAGUAUCCAUUUUCUGAAGAAUAUUGACUGUGAGAUGUCCACUAUCCAUUCUACCAGAACUUUUUCUCUAGGGCUCUGAAGAGCAUUUCUGUACUUGGUGGAGGUGUUUAAAAGAAGUUUCUGACCUUUGAAAUCUGAUUUAUGAAAAAUAAAAAUAACCUCUGAUUAACCCAU